AUGGCUUUCCGUGCCCUCCGCUGCGUCCCCACCUCCCUCUCCCGGCCAAUGGUCGCCGCGCCCCUCCGUGCGAGCCGCCCAUUCCACAGCACGCCGCGCGCCUUCGUCCAAGUCGGCGACGCCGUGCCCGAUAUGGACGUGCUCCACGAGGACUCGCCCGCCAACAAGGUCAGCCUGGCCCAUGAGUUCGGCACCGGCAUCGCGAACGGCCUCAUCAUCGGUGUCCCCGCCGCCUUCUCCGGCGCCUGCUCCCAGAAGCACAUCCCGAGCUACAUCAACCACCCCAACAUUGCAGAUGCCGGUCAGGUCUUCGUCGUCAGUGUCAACGAUGCUUUCGUUAUGAAAGCUUGGGCUGAUCAGCUCGACCCCACCAAGGAGUCCGGAAUCCGAUUUCUGGCAGACCCCGCGGGUGAAUUCACCAAAGCACUGGAACUCGGCUUCGAGGCGAUCCCUGUCUUUGGAAACAUGCGAGCCAAGCGGUACGCCCUGGUCAUCGAGGAUGGCAAGGUCAAGUCUAUCCACGUGGAGCCCGACAACACGGGAACUGAUGCCACCAUGGCCGACAAGGUGCUGGCUUAG